AUGCAGCACUGCACAGACCUCUGCUUCCAGAGGAGUGCCUUUCUGGGCGUCGGCGUGCCUGGUGUUCCCCUUGCGCCCGAGACCGGGGCCCGCCUCAAGGCACCGGUGCCUUUGCCCACAGCGACAUCCGCUGCAAGUGGUGGUGGCAAGGAUGCCACCCUCAGCAAGAAGGUCGCCUUCAGGAUGCUGAAGCAGCUCGGAUGUGAGGUGCGUUCGGAUGAGGAUGCCGAGGUCCGGUAUGUCCAGGUGGGCAUCAAGACUCAGCCUGUUCUGUUCAAGAUGCUCGUGGAACUCGGCCAUGUGCCGCGGCGAGAUGAGGAUGGCGAGUUCAUGGUGCAGGUGGUCGAGCAGCGCGCUCGAAAGCCAGAGGAGGUGGUCGCCGCCUUGUCUGCACCUCGAAAGCCUCCAAAAGCUCGGCAGGAGCCUGAAGACGAGGGCUACCCGUCCGUGGGCCGGCCUCGACUCAAGCCGGAGGAUGCUGAGCUCCUCGUCAGCCGGCUCUACAAGGUGCCAAGGCCUGUGCCUAUACCGGAGGUCAAGACGGAUGCCGCCGCUACAAAGCCGCGUCGGACGGCUGCCGAGCAACGUGCCUACCUCGACCGCUUGGUAAAGCCUCGGGUUGAAGAGCUGGCACCUGAGCUAGAUGAAGCGAUGGUGGAAGCCGGCAGGCGCACGGGUGCCAAUCAUCCAGCCAAGGACCGAAGCCGCACGCUCGCGCACGCGGGUGCCCUGGCCAUCUCAAGCUCAGGCUCCACGGGCUCCGCAGGCUCCGCGGGCUCCGCCGAGUCGCCCAAAGAGGGCCCUUUCUCCGGCCGCUUCCGAUCUCGGCCGAGCUCUGCAGAGAUCCGCAGAAGCUGCGGGGCUCGCGAGGCUCGCGAGAGUGCGGCCCUCGAGCUCUGCGACGUUGUCGGGGACGCCGUCACCUCUGACCGCCACGACGGCUUCUGCGAAGGCUUCUGUGAGACAGCAGGGGCUGCCGAAGCCCAGAGCAGUCCAAGCGAAUUCCCGCAGAGUGAACUCAUUCUUUCUGCUUCGCCAUGUGAGCUGGAGGGUGAGCUCGACGAGGUGCAGCCAAAAGUGCCCGAAGACUGUUCGGAGGAGCAGUGUCGGCCAGAAGGAGUCCUGCAGUCGCCUGAGGCUGAGAGCAGGGACGAGCCGAAGGAGGAGCAGGAGGAGCAGGCAGAAGAGGAGCAGCCGAAGGAGGAACCGAACGAGGAGCCGGAGGUUGUGCUUGGGACUGAACCUUCUGAGCACGAGGAGAGCACUGGCGCUUGGCUGGAGAGGCUCCUGGGCCCCGCGAAGUUUCCUCCAGGUUUAGGCCGGAGCGCCGAGCACCGGCGCUCGGGCAAAGAGCAGCGCGAGCGCCUCGAGGAGUUGGCAAAACCACGUCAGGUGAAAGAGCCCAAGGAGCCCGAAUGGCAGCCCGAGAUCCCAAGACCCCGAUCCCCUCGCUCACAGAGGGAGGCUUGCAAGAGGCUGGCGCAGCCUCGCAAGCCCAAGGUGGAAGCCACACCUCCGGAGCAUCACCACGAAGAUCGCCGUGAGCGCCACGAGGACCCGGCUGACCUGGAGGAAGAAGAGGCCCAAGCCGAAGAAGCCCGCCAAGCCGAGUCGCCCGAGCCGCCCGUGAAGAUCAUCCCCUCGCUGCUGGCGCAGUGCCCCGCGCGCUUGGAGCGCAUCGACGAGGAGGCCAAGGAGCAGACGCGGCGCAAACAAGGCCAGGGCCAAGGGGGCCAAGGGGGCCAAGGGAGGCGUCCUCGUGCACGCUCUCAGGGCGCCGUGUCCCAGCGAGGCCGAUGUGCUCCGUAUGCCGUUCCCGUCGUUCCCAAGCACCUGGUGGAGGGUCGGGAGCCAAGGGCCAAGGAGUCCAAGGAGUCCAAGGAGCCCAAGGAGCCCAAGGAGUCCAAGGAGGUUGCUGAGGGCAAGCGCCCCUCUGCAGCUGCCGCAGGUCCAAGCCGAUGGGGCGGAGAGGAGGAGGACCCUGAGGAUUUGAGCGCUGAGGAGAUGGCGAGGCUUACCAGCCUUCUAGCAGGUGACGUAUCCGAGGAGAGCGAGGCCAUGCUGAACAACAUCGAUGCCCUUUACUCCCAGCUGAUGGGGGCCAGGAGCCACGAACUCCACACAGACCCGGAAAGCCCAGAGGACGCUUCGGGCAGCCCGGCGCCGGGGAGUUUCCCAGAGGGCACGGAGACGGAGGACACUCCGGACUUCGGAACUGUGCCUAGCUCCCAGCACCGGCGCUCCGACGGCGAAGAUUUGCUUGCCGACAUCGAUCGGCUUUACAGCAAGAUGCUGAAGGACGCCAAGCCUCCCGGCCAGCCUUCGGAGACCUUUGAGCCCACCGAGUCCUCGCCCACCUCGCUCACCUCGCGGGAGCCGCGGCAGCCUCGAGUGUGCAUGAUGCCAAGCGGCCCGGCAGACAUGGACGACCACCAGACGCAGCCUGCAGAGAGGGAUGAGGAAGAGCUGGACGAGCUGGCGGCCUUGCUGGAGGAAGUGCUCUGGAGCGCCAUCCUUCUGGCGCGCGGCGCGGCCGGCCCUCAGCUGGAGUCGGGUGCAGAGGCGCGCUUGCUGCAACUCUUGCCACCGGCUCGCUUGGCCCAGGCAGCCCACCUGGCGACCUUGCCCAGCAGCCUCCUCCAGCGCCUGGCGACGGAGCUGCCGAGGGCCCCUUGUCCUUGUUGUUUAGAAGGUGUUUUCUUUUUUUACUUGGGAUUUUUGGGGCAUCUUAUAGGAGUUUUUUGGGUUUGGAUGGGGGCCAGGUACGGGCAGCCUUGGAGCCCACAGAUGGACCCUCUGCCACGUCGGAGCCUGGCCAGCUGCUGA